AUGGAUGGUUCACAAUCCUACGUGGUGAACUUGGUUCACACAAGUAUUUCUCGUUUACAAGCCAUGAACUUGAGAAUUUUCAAGAUAGAAAAUAUGAAAAUAGAGCCAAAACUUGUAGAAAAUUUCAUUUCUUCUAUAUAUGGAGACUCAGCAAUUCAGAAAAUUUCAUAUCAAACACUUUCAAUGGCUCCUCUCUUUCUAUUUCUUGGACUUCUCAUUCAUCUGCUUGGAGCAAUAGAUGCGCAAUCUAUAGGCGCAUGUUACGGAAAAAACGGCAACAACUUACCUUCUGAGACAGAAGUUAUAUCUCUUGUUCAAGCAAACAACAUAAAAAGAAUAAGAAUUUAUGAUCCAGAUCAACCAACUCUCCAAGCUCUUAGAGGAUCAAACAUUGAACUCAUCCUCGGAGUCCCAAACGACCAGCUUCAAUCCCUCGCGGACGCCUCCGCAGCAAACACUUGGGUUCAAAGCAACGUCGUUGCGUUUUCACCCGAUGUCAGAAUCCGCUACAUUGCUGUCGGAAACGAAGUACCUCCCGGAGAUUCAAACGCUCCAUUCGUUCUGCCAGCAAUGCAGAACAUUCAGAACGCAAUCGUAUCAGCAAAUUUACAAGGCCAAAUCAAAGUCUCUACAUCAAUCGACUUAACUUUGAUAGAAAAUUCGUCUCCUCCAUCGAACACAAUUUUCACCGCAAACGCGAAUUCAUACAUAAAACCGAUCGUUGAUUUCCUGACAGCAAACGGAUCACCACUUCUUGUAAACGUGUACACUUAUUUCAGCUUGACAGAUCCGAACGUCAGUCUUGAAUUUGCGCUUUUUACUUCGCCAGGAGUUGUCGUGACAGACAAUCAAUAUCAGUAUCAGAAUCUGUUUGAUGCAUUGGUGGAUUCCGUUUACGCUGCUCUUGAGAAAGUCGGCGGUGGGGGUUUGCGGAUUGUGGUGUCGGAAAGCGGGUGGCCUUCGGAAGGUGGAAAUGCCGCGACAGCGGAUAAUGCUGGAGUUUAUUACAGGAAUUUGGUUAAUCAUGUAACGAAAGGGACCCCGAGGAAGUCAGGAGAGGCUAUAGAGACGUAUUUGUUCGCGAUGUUUGAUGAAAACCUGAAGGAUGCUGGAAUUGAGCAACAUUUUGGUUUGUUUCUUCCAAGUCAACAGCCUAAAUAUCAGAUUAGUUUUGGUUGAUUGAAGAACUAAUAAUUACUAGUAGUUUGAAUGUAUUAUUAUUUUGCCUAAGGUUCAAACGUUAAUAAGCAUGUACUCAUAUGUACUAUCUAUUUUUAAAAUAAAAGGAUUGUAUAAAUUCCAUAGGAAAUGAAUUCGAAA